AUGUCUCAAAAGGCUGGAUUGUACCAAGAGCAUACUAAUAUCCCCAAAGCAGAUCUACCUAUCGUCGGCAACUGGGAUAGUGCUAACACCACCAUUGGCGCGGGCGUGGCUAUCUUCCACCUUGCCUCUUCUCGUGUGGUUCUCUGCUACCACAGCACGAACAAUUACUACUUUUUGCCCAAAGGCCGCCGAGAUGCUAGCGAGGAUACGGGUUCCGGUGCCGAAAGAGAAGGAUUUGAAGAAUCAGGCUACCGCAACCGUCUUCUCCCUCUUCCAAUACCCACUCGCCAACCCAAAGCCCACAAUCCCUCUCCAUCCAGCGCAGCAACUACGCCCUUUGUGACUGAGCCUGUCUGGACUCAAUUGGUUCCCGUCACAAGGACAGCGCAGUAUAUCCUCUUCUGGUACAUAGCCGAGACGGUGCCCCCAGAUCUUGAAGUCUCACUGUCAGCGCAGGAGAAGGAGCAAGGCAUGGCUUACCAGUAUCCGCCCAAAUUCAAUCCCGAAAUGACUCUCAGGGAAAGGAUGGAAGUGGAACGAGAGGGCUAUGAGCCAGUCAGACACGAAAACACAGGGGUGGAUGCCGAGGAGGCGUUGUACGAGAGUUACCUGAUGCCUGUAGAAGAAGCUAUUGAGAAGUUGGGGAGGGGCAUCUCUGCGGACGUGGUGAGAAAGGGAUGGGAAGCCAUUCAACUGAAACAUAAGAUGGAAGACGGUCGGUGA